AUGAGAGGUUCCAAUAUAAUAAUUUAAUUUAUAAAAUUGUAAUAUUUUUGUAAAAUGGGAUCUUGCUGUAUGAAUAAAAUGGAUAUGGAGACACUUAAUACUAAUUUAUCAAGUGAAAUGUCAAAGAAAAUAGUAAUUAAUAGUCCAAUAGUGAAAAAUAUUAUUGGAAAAUAAUUAGAAAUUGUGGAAAUUCCAUCAUAUACAGUAUUAGAUAGUGUUUUUGAAUAUGAAGUGUUAGACAAUAUUGAAAGUGAAGAUUCAGAAUCAUCAGAGAAAAAAAGAUUUAGUAAUGGAAAAGGAAUUUUAAAAUAAACAACAGCAAAAUCUCAUGGUUCAGGUGGAAGUUCAGCAAGUAGCUCAAAAAAAGUAUCAUUUUGUAGGACAACAACCUUCUUUGAGAAAAAAUCAAGGAAAGGUUUAAUGUUAGAAUCAUAAACUUUAUCUUGA